ACCAGAAAAGGAAUCAUGUUCAAGCUUACAACUUGUUGUUUACUCCUCGUCGUCCUCGUGGCAGCCGCUGAGGCCAACAAGAAGGUGCGGCCUUGUGCGGGUCGUUGCAGCUACAAGGAUUUGGCUGGCAGGGGAACGGUUUGUGCCCGUAACGCAAAAACCAACAUUUGCACCAGGCUUCAGGCCUGCCAACUCCGUGAGCGCAACUGUGCCCUGAGGGAACUUGGCAAGGCCCCUCUAAGGCAGACAUCCUCAUCGAGCUGUGCCCGAGUUGUCGGCAAGAGCGGCAGUGCUCCCUGUGCAUCGAUCCGUCGUCGUCGUACCUCCAAGCGCAGGAGCUGCAGGAGCAACCCAUCCUGCAGGCGUCAAAGGCCCAACAGCUGCUGGCGCACUCGGGAUGGCCGCAACCUUUGGCUGAGCGCAUGCAGCGCCCAGCAGAGGAACUGCGUCAACAGGAGGCGGCCGCAUCUUCAGCUGACCCGCACCAACGACUGGGUGUGCCGUGACCCAAAGGACAAGGAGAUUCUCCUCAACAAGCUGUAAGCCUGUCCUGCUGACAACUCAUUCAUGGCAACCCUGACGAUAAACACAACUUAUAAAUAACCAUAUUUUUUUUUAUUAGUUUAUAAAAUUUGCACACUUCUAUCGCUUA